AUGUCUGUUACCACUAUAGAGUCUGAAUCUCAAUUCACUGACAUAACAAACUCAACCCCAAAGGAUAAACUCCUAUCCCUCUAUUUCUCUGCCAAAUGGGCUGCUCCUUGCAUCCAAAUGAACAAAGUCUUCAUCACUCUAGCUGACGCUAACCCUAAUGUGUCCUUCAUCUCAAUUGAUGCUGACAACUUGCCCGAUAUCGCUGAAUUAUUCGAAGUCCAAUCCGUCCCCCAUUUUGUUUUUAUCAAAAAUGGAACCAUCUUGAAAGAAUUGUCUGGCGCUGAUCCAAAACAGUUUGCUAGCACCUUGAACUUUUACUCUUCUCAAGACUCUUCCAACGAAAAUCCAAAAGAUCCAUCUAAACAGCCAUCUCCAAAAGAAUCAUCUUCAAAAGACUCUUCAAUUUCAACUCCCCCAUCCCAACCUCAGUCUCAAUUAAAAAAAAUAACCUGUGCAGCCCAAGUAAUGCUAUUCAUGAAGGGCACUCCUUCCCAACCCAAAUGUGGCUUUUCCAGACAAGUCGUUGCAAUUCUCAGAGAAAACAAAGUCCGUUUUGGUUUCUUUGAUAUCCUCAAAGACGACAGUGUAAGACAAGGUUUGAAAGUCUUUUCCGAUUGGCCAACUUACCCACAACUAUACAUAAAUGGCGAAUUCCAAGGUGGUUUGGAUAUCAUUAAAGAAACCUUAGAAGAAGACCCAGAUUUCUUUAAAAAUAUAAUCUCAAAUAAAUCUUAA